AUGGUUGGAAUCUAAAGCACCCUUUUCAUAUAAUUUGGGCUGGAUUCUAAAGCAAACUCACUCUCGAUCAAAUUUCCCGGAAAUUGAAUCAAAAUUUCUCCUUCGCCACAUCUCCGACCAGAAAAACCUCAAGGGGGGGAGAAGAAUGGGAAGCAAUGCUCCUAAUAGCAGUGAUAGAACAAGAACAAAUUGGACGCCGGCAAUGGAACAAUUUUUUAUUGAUCUUAUGUUAGAUCAAAUGCAUAGGGGCAAUAGAUUAGGUAAUACAUUUAAUAAACAAGCUUGGACUGAUAUGCUAUCUAUCUUCAAUGCAAAAUUUGGGUGUAAAUACGAUAGAGACACUUUGAAAAGUCAUUAUACCAAUUUGUGGAAGCAGUAUAAUGAUGUGAAGAACCUUCUCGGACAAAACGGGUUCAGUUGGGAUGAUACAAGGAAAUUGGUAGUUGCCCCCCCCCCCCAUGCUUGCAAUGCAUAUAUCAAGGGUCAGCCGGAUGCACAGGUGUAUAGGAAUAGAACUUUGGUGAAUUUCAGUGACUUGUGCUUGAUAUAUGCAUACACACAGGCGGAUGGAAGAUAUAGUUGGUCAAGUCAUGAUAUUGACUUUGAUGAUGAUGCUCAAGGGGUGAAUUUCGGUGUUGGAAGUUCCAUUCCUGCAGCAAGUGACGAGAACCCAAAUAUAGAAUGGACACCUUCCAUAGAUCAAUACUUCAUUGAGCUUAUGCUGGAAAAUCUUAGAAAGGGCAAUAAAAGUAAGAACACAUUCGGCAAACAAGCAUGGAAUGAUAUGCUUGGUUCAUUCAAUGCCAAGUUCUGUUUUCAGUUCGCGAAAAGCUUUUUAAGGUGUAGAUAUAGGAAAAUGUUGAAAUUAUACAGUGAUGUUCAUAGUCUACUACUACAAAAAGGAUUUUCUUGGGAUGAUAAACAAAAAAUGAUAGUUGCUGAUGAUCUUGUUUGGGAUAACUAUAUCAGGGCACAUCCAGAUGCUCAUACCUUCAGAAACAAGAAGAUACUGAACUACCAAGAUUUGAGGUUGAUUUAUAAAAAUGCAAGAAAUAGUGUAGUUUCAAGUCAUAUACGCCAAGGAAGAUGUACUGGGCCUAAAAUGUUACCAACUUGGAUUGGUGAAGAAAACAAAGGCCAUCUCCAUGAUACAGAUGAGAUGGUAAGUACAAAUUGGACACCAGCAUUGAAUUGUCAUCUUAUUGACUUGCUUAACCAAGCACUUGGAGGGACUAAAAUUGGUCAUGUUUUCAUACCUGAGGCGUGGAAACAAAUAGUUGCAAUGUUCAAUGUAAAGUUUGGAUGUCACUAUGAUGAGGAGGCUUUGAAGUCGCAGGCCAGACACUUGAGGGGGCAAUAUAAUUGUAUAAAGAUACUACUCGAACAGAGUGGAUUCUCAUGGGAUGACGCACGAGAAAAGGUCAUUGCUGCGGAUUAUGUUUGGGAUGCUUACAUGAAGGCACAUCCCAACACAAUCAUACAGAAACAAAAUAUUACCGGACUAUCACAAGCUAUGUGUUAUAUUUGGUCAAGAAAGUUCUAAUCAGAGGUGCAGUAUGGCCCAAAAGGAAAUGACCCUCAAUUUCAUGGCACUAAUGGUUGUUCAAGGAUAAAUUGGACUCCUCCGAUGGAAAGACAUCUUAUUGAUCUUUUGUUAGAGCAAGUGCAUAGGGGCAGUAGGAUGAAUGGUGAUUUAGAUACUGAAGUAUGGAUGGAUAUGUCUGUCAUUUAUGGAAAGUUUUGGAAUAGAAAUUGACGAGGAACUUUUGAAGGAUCAUCAUAAAAGCCUUGGCAAACAAUAUUGUGAUAUGAGGACUCUUCUUGAUCAGAGUGUGUUUUCUUGGGAUGAAACACGGCAUAUGGUUACAGCCCGUGAUGAUGUUUGGGAGACUUAUGUCAGGAUACUUUGCUUGUUUGUUUGUUCUUGGAUGUCAGUUGUUUUCUUUUCUAAGUAGCUAACAUAUGGUAAGUGUAGGAAUACCCAGACGUUGGCACGUACAGGAACGAAUGUAAGCCUAAUUAUAAUGAUUUAUGCUUGAUCUAUGGAACUUCAACUGAUAGGAAUGGCAGACGAUCAAGUCAAGAUGCUAGCUGCAAUGGAAAUGGUGAGAUUUCUAUUGCUAAGAUUAUAUGCACUUGAAUUAACUCUAGCAGGGUUUUAAAUAGCGGUCUGCGACUGCGAUAGAGCACCCGCGAAAUAGCAGUAGCGCUGCCUUCCGAUAUACCCGCUAUAGCCGCAAUAGCGGUAAACGAGACAUGACCGAAAACGCGACCGCGAUUUGAAUCCCUGAACUAUUUCUCAUCUUCUAAAAGAAUUUGGGCCUCAAUAUGACAAAGGUGUCCUGAAAAGUCGUUUUAUGAACUUGAGAAAACGAUUCAAUGAUAUGAAAAUUCUACUCGACC